UUUCAAGCUGAAAAGUUUAGAGGAGGCGGUGAAAUGUCACCUGAUUAAGUUUCCGUCCACCUUAACUUUUUUUAUCACUUCCUCCUCCCCCAUCCUGCCAAACACAUCACCAUGCCAUCAGAAGACCGCCCACCAAACAGACCAGCCAAGACCCCUUUCAGCCAAAAUAUUUAAGAGUGACUGCAUUCACAGAUUGACGUUCAUUCAACACAGCGAUCGGACUUGACUGGUGCUCUCAGAUCAGUACUUAGCUGCGGUGAAACUGCGUGCCACAAUGCUAAGGAUGCUAAACAGCAGAACUGCGUCUCUCACCGUUUCACUUUUCAUCUUCCUCACCAUUGGAGACCAGCGAGUGCAGGCUGGGAACUGCUGGCUCCAGCAAGCCAAGAACGGCAAAUGCCAGGUUCUUUACAUGACCGGGGUCAGCCGCGAAGAGUGCUGCAAAAGUGGGAGGUUGGGCACAGCGUGGACCGAAGAUGAUGUGCCAUCCAGUACCCUUUUCCGAUGGAUUAUCUUUAACGGUGGAGCCCCGGGUUGCACUCCUUGUAAAGAAACCUGUGAUAACGUCGAUUGUGGUCCAGGUAAAAAGUGCAAAAUGAACAAAAAGAACAAACCUCGGUGUGUCUGUGCACCCGACUGCUCGAACGUCACUUGGAAGGGCUCCGUUUGUGGGACUGACGGGAAAACAUACAAAGAUGAAUGUGUCCUGCUGAAGGCGAGGUGCAAAGGGCAACCUGAACUGGAGGUCCAAUACCAAGGCAAAUGUAAAAAAUCGUGCAGAGAUGUCUUGUGUCCCGGCAGCUCUGUGUGUGUGGUAGAUCAGACAAAUAGCGCCUACUGUGUGAUGUGUAACCCGAGAAUGUGCCCUGAACCUUCGAGCCCCGAGCAGUAUCUGUGCGGCAAUGAUGGGAUCACGUACGCCAGCGCCUGCCAUAUCAGACGCGCCACCUGCUUGAUGGGCAGAUCCAUUGGAGUGGCGUACGAAGGGAAAUGUAUAAAAGCCAAGUCCUGUGAUGACAUACAGUGUAGCCCUGGAAAAAAGUGUCUCUGGGAUAGCCGACUUGGCAGGGGCCGGUGUGCUGUUUGUAAUAUGUGUCAGGGUGGACGCUCAGAUGAGCCAGUCUGUGCCACUGAUAACACCACCUACCCGAAUGAGUGUGCAAUGAAAAGUUCAGCCUGUUCCUCUGGCACCCUCCUGGAGAUCAAACAUACAGGAUCGUGCAAUUGAAACUGCCAUAAAGCCUGAUCAUUGAUUCUUCAGAACACACUGCAAUGUUGCUAUUAUGUAAAAUUACUUCAUAAUAACAAAUGGUGCAAAUUCCAUUCUUGUGCCAUAUAAGAGACUAUUGUGGCUAUCCAGAGAGAUUUGAAAACAUGCACUGAGGUUCUGCGCUGUUGUGAUCCUUAUUUAUACAACAGCUACCAUAUAUUCCCCCAUAGCCAUAAAUGAAGAAGAUGAAGAUGAAGAAGAUGAGCAAGAAAAUAACACCUUUCCUAAAUCUCCAUUUCCGAUUUGGUAAUUUCCUUCACCUUUGGAAGAGGAAGGAGUCGCUGUACUUAUAUGUAAAUAAGUGUACGCUUAUUUAUUUUGAAGAAGUAUACAUAGUUAAGUUUAGUAGAUUUUUAUUUAUACUGUCAUGUUUUAUAAUUUAUGCAUAAAAUCGGUUAACUAUACCUGUUUUGGAAAUAUAUUCAUCAAGAGAGCAGUGUUAUCAUUAAUUUAUUGUGACGUAUGAUGCUUGUAAAGUACACUCUUUCACACAACCUGUAAAUUGCAUUAUGGUAGCUGUAAAUGUGGCUGGUCAUUUUCUUUUUGUACUACAAAUUUUUAGUUAUGUUAUUUGCAUGUUUUACCUGGUUUAUUUAUUUAUUGGAAUAUGUUACACAUUACUGUAAAUAAAACUCCCUAUACUUUUUACCGCGUGCCAUAUAACUGACCAAAUGUGCUGCAUUUGGAACUUGUCAACUUGAAAUGCUCUGCAGCUGUGUGGCUGUCAGAUCACUUUCUGGCCGCAUGUAAUCUGAUUGACUUUAGUGGUUUGUUUCUCGAAAUGUUUUAACAUAAUGCAAAUAUUUCAGGGUUUUCAUUUUGCUUAAAAUAUUAUGUUGCAGAUACAAUUUUAUAUUUUCGAACAUGACAGAUUUAAAUUCAUCUAAAUAUAUAGUUUUGUACUUUUUCUAUUAUGUAAAUGUGCAUUGUAUAUAAAAAGUAAUAACAUGGAUUUGUAAAUACAUAAUGAAUAAACAAUAAAAA